AUAUGAAUAUAAAUUAUUCAGAUAUUUAAUUCAUCAAAAGAGAAGAGUAAUGCAUAUCAUGUUCAAUGGUUAUUUACUGAAUAGUUUUAACUGUAUACAUUUUCUAAUUUUAUUCACUUGUACAUGUGAAAAUGUGAAUAUUGUUGUACCAGCAGGAAAAGUAUUCGAUAUCGUUUUGUCAAUGGAAGAUGCUCAUAAUGUGGUCUGGAAUUUACCCCACUGCCUUCAUUUCUUGCCUAAUACUGAUAGUAAGAAGCUUAGCAUAAUUUUGCGUGGAUUAUGCUUUGAGUGUGAUGCAACAGAAGUAAGCAGUAUACAGUCUUCCAAAGGAAAUUAUAAUUUUGAUAAUUAUUAUCAACAAGUCAAUUUGACCAAGUUCACACACACAGUUUAUUUGAUCAAGGAGAAAAAUCUAGAAAAACACAUAUUACUUUAUAUAAAAAAAACACAAUCAAGUGAAGUAUUUAAUUACACUUUAGUAACUUAUGACAAUCAAUCUAGAAAAAAAUGUCAUAAACAAUCACCUACAAUGUUGUUGUUCACAUUCAAUAAUCUAUACAUAUGUCAACUUAACUAUCAUGAACGUAUUACAUUUAGAAAACAAAUUGUUAUGUUUACUAAUUUCAUCUAUUCAUCAUUUUCACAGAAUUCUUCCAUUAUUCAAAGUUAUAAUAUUACUGAUAUAAAUAUUCAAGAUGAUACUAUGAAUCUAAUUUUUGAAUCACCUUCAGACUAUGAAAAGAAACUAUCUAUACUUGCCAGUGCUAAAGCUAGAAGUGAUAUCAUGAAUUUUGAAACAACCGAAUCAUAUGUGGUUAGCAUACAACAUAUUGGAUGUGGUAUUAUACCUGACUAUCUUUUAAAGGUGUUAACUAUUCUAGAGAAGAAAUUUCAAACAGGUUCAGUACCAUUGUGGACGCUAAUUGAUAGUUCAAAGUUUAUUCCAUCGAAAAACCUAAAAAAGAUUACGGUAAUUAAAUGGAUUGUUGGCGAUCUUAUUCAGAGUUCAUUCAAUGAAUCACUACAAUCGAACAAUGAAAACAUUCGGAGAACAUUGACCACAAGAUCUGCUUUGUCAUCACGUGAAGCAGGAUACUUAGAAGAAGGUUCUGGUAUAGCAUCUCUUCAUAAAUUUCCAAAAAUGGAUUAUCGAUCCUAUCUUGAACAUUCCAAUUCUAAUAUAAUUCAUUCUAAUAUACCAAGAGUUAAAAAUUAUAUUACACCAAUAAAAACAACUGUCUAUCAAAUAUCUAAUGUUCAAAUACCACAGAAUACAUUUUAUGAUCUACAGGAUGGUUAUACACAGAACUUAAAACUUACUUUAUAUGCUUCAAAUCAAGAUAAUAUAUCAUACAUUGAACUCAAAUCUAUGGAAAACUUAAAUAAAGCUAUAGGUGAAGAAAUUACUCGUGAUACAAAACAAUGGGUAUCAUUUGAUACAAAAAAUCAAAUUAUACGACUUAAACCGUUAGCAGAUCAUGUUGGAAAUCACACAUUUAUUGUAUGUGCUAAAGAUCGAGAUGAGAAUAGUGUCUGCGAACCAUUUCAAAUUAUUGUGAAGCGUCCAUCUCCUUUCCGGAAGAAUUUCAUCCUCCGUAUACCCCCAGGUGUAUUUUGGUGUUAUCAAAUACCUAUUUAUUGGUUUAAAGAACUGAAAACUAUCUCGUUUGACAAAUUAGAUUUGGAAGUUAAAGGUGAUUCACCAUUUUCAUGGAAUGUUAACACUGGAGAAGUAUGCGUGAUCAGUAGUCUGAAAACAGAGCAAAUUAUUACACUAUUUUUCCAUGCUACAAAUGCAAAACUUGCUCAAAGUGUUGAAAUUGAAUUUCGUCUAUCUGCUAAAGUCCCACCAGUCGAAUUUUUAGUAGCCAACUCUAAAUUACGAUUGAAAUUUCGUUGGCCAGAAAAAUCAACUAAUUAUGAAUUAAAUGAAUUGAACCAAAUUAAUUUGACUCUUGCAGAAACCUUACAAAAUCGUAUUAAUCCUGAAGUUACUCCAAAGAAAUUAUUUAUCUUUGAGAUUAUACAAUUCAAGAUGCCUCGAAAUGGUUCUGAAUCUGCAUCUUUUGAACUAGACUGGAUAUUUUUACCUUUGGGUUUACCGAAAGAAGGUGAAGAAAUGUUCAUUUUGUCCAAUGAAUCAAUUAUAAACAAACCUAUUCAAAAUACAAAUCUACAUCAUAUUCCUCAACCAAUCAACUUUUAUGCCCAACCAAAUAAUAUUCCCAAGCUGUCGAAAUUACUGACCGAUUGUCAACUAUCUCAGUUGGAUAAAGUUGAAACUUUGUUACAGACUAGUAAAGAUUUAUUUAAACCAUUUAUACUGGAGUCUGUGAAGUUAUUAAAUCUGGAAAAUUCUGCUUGUUUCCUGAUUCGACGUAUAACAAAACAACUAGAAGAACAAACCUAUUCAGCUUCACAGCAGCCUGGAUUAAUUGGAUCCGAUUUGAGUAGGUGGACAGAUAGUCAUUUGUACAUAUCAGCAAACGUUCAGUUUGUUCCCAAUGUGGUGCCUAACUUUACGGUUACAGCAGGUUUACCAUUCAAAAAGUUCAUUAAUCCAGAAAAUGUUACUCCAGCAAAAGAAUUCAGUAUAUGGAAUUAA